AGGGGUGAGCGGGCCCUGUGCGGGAAGCGGGGGGCGGCUGCGGGGGCGGGAAGCGGCGGCGGAGACCCGCGGUCAAGCCGAGCGCUCGGACCGGAAAGAGACGGCGAGGGCGGGCUGAACGGCAGCCUGGCGGCCCUACCGCAUCCUCGGCAAACAUGUACAUCAAGCAGGUAAUCAUUCAGGGCUUUCGAAGCUACAGGGACCAAACCAUUGUGGACCCAUUCAGCUCCAAACACAAUGUCAUUGUGGGAAGAAAUGGAUCUGGAAAAAGCAACUUCUUUUAUGCAAUUCAGUUUGUCCUCAGCGAUGAGUUUAGUCAUCUUCGCCCAGAGCAGAGACUGGCUUUGUUGCAUGAAGGAACAGGUCCUCGAGUUAUUUCGGCAUUUGUGGAAAUUAUAUUUGACAAUUCUGACAACAGGUUACCGAUUGAUAAAGAGGAAGUCUCACUUCGCAGAGUCAUUGGAGCCAAGAAGGACCAAUAUUUCCUAGACAAGAAAAUGGUGACGAAAAAUGAUGUCAUGAAUCUUCUUGAAAGUGCUGGAUUUUCUCGCAGUAAUCCCUACUAUAUUGUCAAACAAGGAAAGAUCAACCAGAUGGCCACAGCUCCUGACUCUCAAAGAUUGAAGUUGCUAAGAGAAGUAGCUGGUACCAGAGUGUACGAUGAACGUAAAGAGGAGAGUAUUUCACUAAUGAAAGAAACAGAGGGCAAGCGAGAGAAAAUCAACGAGUUGUUGAAGUACAUUGAGGAGCGACUGCAUACUCUAGAAGAGGAGAAAGAGGAGCUGGCACAGUACCAGAAAUGGGAUAAAAUGAGGAGAGCAUUGGAAUACACCAUUUAUAAUCAGGAACUUAAUGAAACUCGAGCUAAGCUUGAUGAGCUUUCUGCUAAACGAGAGACGAGUGGAGAAAAAUCAAGGCAGCUGAGAGAUGCACAGCAAGAUGCUAGAGAUAAAAUGGAGGAAAUAGAGCGGCAAGUUCGAGAACUGAAGACAAAGAUUUCUGCAAUGAAAGAAGAGAAGGAGCAACUUAGUGCUGAAAGACAGGAGCAGAUUAAACAGAGGACUAAAUUAGAAUUGAAGGCAAAAGAUCUACAGGAUGAAUUAGCUGGCAACAGUGAGCAAAGGAAAAGACUACUAAAAGAGAGGCAAAAACUUCUUGAGAAAAUCGAGGAGAAGCAGAAAGAAUUGGCAGAAACAGAGCCAAAAUUUAACAGCGUAAAAGAAAAAGAAGAGAGGGGAAUUGCUAGACUCGCACAGGCUACACAAGAAAGAACAGAUCUCUAUGCAAAGCAAGGUCGAGGGAGCCAGUUUACUUCCAAAGAGGAGAGGGAUAAGUGGAUAAAGAAAGAGCUGAAGUCCUUAGAUCAAGCCAUCAAUGACAAGAAGCGGCAGAUUGCAGCUAUACACAAGGACUUGGAGGAUACAGAGGCAAACAAGGAGAAAAACUUGGAGCAGUACAGUAAACUGGACCAGGAUCUCAAUGAAGUGAAGGCUCGUGUUGAAGAACUGGACAGAAAAUACUAUGAAGUGAAAAAUAAAAAGGAUGAACUACAGAGUGAAAGAAAUUACCUAUGGAGAGAAGAGAAUGCAGAACAACAAGCUCUUGCUGCAAAAAGGGAGGAUCUAGAAAAGAAACAGCAGCUUCUCAGAGCAGCAACAGGAAAGGCCAUUUUGAAUGGAAUAGACAGCAUAAACAAAGUUUUGGAGCACUUCCGUCGGAAAGGCAUAAACCAGCACGUUCUGAACGGCUAUCAUGGAAUUGUAAUGAAUAACUUUGAGUGUGAGCCAGCAUUCUACACCUGUGUUGAAGUCACUGCAGGGAACAGGUUGUUUUAUCACAUUGUGGAUUCUGAUGAGGUCAGUACAAAGAUCCUAAUGGAAUUUAACAAAAUGAACCUUCCUGGAGAAGUUACUUUCCUCCCUCUGAACAAGCUGGAUGUUAGAGAUACUGCUUAUCCUGAGACUAAUGAUGCUAUUCCUAUGAUUAGUAAACUGAGAUACAAUCCAAGAUUUGAUAAAGCUUUCAAACAUGUUUUUGGGAAGACUUUAAUUUGUCGUAGCAUGGAAGUGUCUACUCAGCUGGCCAGAGCUUUCACAAUGGAUUGUAUCACUCUGGAAGGUGACCAGGUCAGCCAUCGAGGUGCUUUGACUGGAGGUUAUUAUGACACCAGGAAGUCUCGGCUUGAAUUGCAAAAAGAUGUUAGAAAAGCAGAAGAGGAACUUGGUGAACUUGAAGCAAAGCUCAAUGAAAACUUACGUAGAAACAUUGAAAGGAUUAAUAAUGAGAUUGACCAGCUAAUGAACCAAAUGCAGCAAAUUGAAACACAGCAGAGAAAAUUCAAAGCCUCUCGAGACAGUAUUUUGUCAGAGAUGAAAAUGCUGAAGGAGAAAAGGCAGCAGUCUGAAAAGACAUUUAUGCCUAAGCAACGUAGCCUGCAGAGCCUGGAGGCAAGUUUGCAUGCCAUGGAGUCAACCAGAGAAUCGUUAAAAGCAGAGCUGGGCACGGAUUUGUUGUCUCAGCUCAGUCUUGAAGAUCAGAAACGUGUGGAUGCUCUUAAUGAUGAAAUCCGACAGCUGCAGCAAGAAAACAGACAGCUUUUGAAUGAGAGGAUUAAAUUAGAAGGCAUUAUCACAAGAGUUGAAACAUACCUCAAUGAGAAUCUGAGAAAACGCUUGGACCAAGUGGAGCAAGAACUGAAUGAGCUUCGAGAGACAGAAGGUGGCACAGUUCUUACUGCCACAACAUCAGAACUUGAGGCUAUCAACAAACGAGUGAAGGAUACCCUGGCACGGUCAGAUGAUCUGGAUAACUCUAUUGACAAAACAGAAGCAGGGAUUAAAGAACUUCAGAAGAGCAUGGAACGCUGGAAGAACAUGGAGAAGGAGCAUAUGGAUGCUAUUAACCAUGAUACAAAAGAACUUGAAAAAAUGACAAACAGGCAAGGCAUGCUCCUCAAGAAGAAAGAGGAAUGCAUGAAGAAAAUACGAGAGUUGGGUUCACUUCCACAGGAGGCUUUUGAAAAGUAUCAGACUUUGAGUUUAAAGCAGUUAUUCCGCAAGCUGGAGCAGUGCAAUACUGAACUGAAGAAAUACAGUCACGUUAAUAAAAAAGCUUUAGAUCAGUUUGUGAAUUUCUCAGAGCAGAAGGAAAAAUUGAUAAAAAGACAAGAGGAACUGGACAGGGGCUACAAAUCCAUCAUGGAGCUGAUGAAUGUCCUUGAGCUCAGGAAAUACGAGGCUAUUCAGCUGACUUUCAAACAGGUGUCAAAAAAUUUCAGUGAAGUAUUCCAAAAGUUAGUACCUGGUGGCAAGGCCACAUUGGUGAUGAAGAAAGGAGAUGUGGAAGGCAGUCAGUCCCAGGAUGAAGGUGAAGGCAGUACUGAGAGCGAAAGGGGAUCUGGAUCUCAGAGCAGUGUUCCAUCUGUAGAUCAGUUCACUGGAGUUGGCAUAAGGGUAUCAUUCACAGGAAAGCAGGGUGAAAUGAGAGAAAUGCAGCAACUUUCAGGUGGACAGAAAUCUUUAGUGGCCCUGGCCCUAAUAUUUGCCAUCCAGAAAUGUGAUCCAGCUCCGUUCUACUUGUUUGAUGAAAUCGACCAAGCCUUGGAUGCCCAACAUAGAAAAGCUGUGUCAGAUAUGAUUAUGGAACUAGCUGAACAUGCUCAGUUUAUUACAACAACUUUUAGGCCAGAGUUGCUUGAGUCAGCUGACAAGUUCUAUGGUGUAAAAUUCAGAAAUAAGGUCAGUCAUAUUGAUGUGAUCACAGCAGAAAUGGCCAAAGACUUUGUAGAAGAUGACACCACACAUGGAUAAAGGAACUUGUAAUUACUGCUUAUUUGGAAGAUGUGUAUAGUGCUAUGUUUAUGCCAGGGACCUGUACAUUUAAAAGAUGAAGUAUUUAGUCCUUGUUUAAAAUAGUUUUUGAACACACAUUUUAACCAAGACCCCAGAAGGCUUAGUUUCAAAUGAGCUUGAGUAUCCAUUUUGUCUCUGUUGCUGUAUUUUAUAAGAUAAUUGUUAAUGUUACCUUUAUACAAUACCUGUAGUUUGGAAAUUUUAUUCUCUUCCUUCAAAUCUUUUGUAAAGUGUUUGUUGCUGUUUUAAAGCUUUUCAGAAAGUGUUAGCUAUUUCUUCUUAAGUAUAGUUUUAUCAUUUAUAUUGCCUCACACUUUUUUUUUAAUGGCUUCAAUUAAAAUGGUUGGUUUUAUGGCUGUAACUUGUAUAUACAAAGUUUUUGAGUUAUAUUGUCUUUCUGAAGAGGAAUCCACCAAGAUGGAGUAAACACUUCACUCAUAUUGAAGUGGCAUAUUUCAGAAUAUGAGACAAAGCAAUUCUCCCAAGCCACUCUUUCCCCCUCUUCUGCACAUUGCCAGUGUCAGAAGAAAACUGCCCCAAAUCUAUGCUUGUCCAAAUCCAUCGUGUUCUGGUUAUUGAACUGAAAAAAGGUAAGUAUGAGAGAAUCCUGGAAAGACCCUGGAACUGUGUCAAAACAAAUCACAGCCCCUUUUCCUGCACCUUGUCCCGUGUAACAACCCCUCCAUUACAUCCCAUUACAAGACCAGCGUAGGUUGAGCCAAGUGACAGUCUCCAGUCAAAAAGUGAAAUCUUUGCCUGCCAUCUACAGCUUUGGCAAAGGGAUGUUGAAUAGCUUGAUGCAUUCUCCUGAAACACUUUAAGAUUUACCACAAACCAUGAGUUUUGUAGGUAGCAAAGCAGUUGUAAAAAGAGAAUCCAUUGAUGUUAAAAUACUACAUUUAUAAAAACAUAAUAACCUUAAAGAAUAGCUUAUGUAACUUUCAGUAGUACAGUGAGAAACAGUGAAUUUGUAUGUUGCAUUUAUUCUGUGUAGGACACAUUCAACAAAGCUGAAGAAUAAAGCUCUCUGAUAGGUUUUGAUCUGCUCACACUCUUACUCCCCACUGAGAACUUGAGGAAGUGCAGGAAAGGAGAGCAUGAACUGAUGGCUGGGCUCAGGAGUGCUUAUCCUUGCAUCACAAGGUAGGGUGAGAGAAGAGUACUGAAGCUGAUAUGGAGCAACCAGGUAGUGAUAGACAUGUGGGAAAUCACUAUCUGCACUAAGUCUUAAGCUUGAAGGAAGAGGAUGUUGUGACAUAAAGUUUUCUAUAGUUCCAGAGACUCAGUAGCUGCAGAGAAGACUUCUCUAAGUGAAGAGAGAAGUAAAACAUGUGAAACAAAGUGUCCCAAAUGCCCCCAAAAUUUCUAGCAUGGAAAGAGACUGUAUUUGAGAACCCUGAAGAACCUGAAAUCCUCUUCAUACAGAGCUCUCAAUAUGCACGUUAGGGUGCCUGCUGCAGACCAGAAUGUUCCUGAAUUACUCACAGGUGAAGCCAGUUCAGAGAAGGACACAAGGAAUGUGGCCACAGGUUCACACCUCAGGUUACUGAUUUGGUGCUGUUUGGUCCAGUGUUUGCAAGGACACACUUGAUGUGUCUAAUCCAUGACCACCAGAUACAUAGCUUGCUGUAGUAGUAGCAAGCUCUGCUCUCAGCUGAUUAUGCUUGCUAGUGCUAGGAUAUCAGCACAACACUUGUUUGAAUUUUUGGAAGAGAAGUAGUUCACAUGCCAUUAAGCUAAUUACUGUGUUUAUUAAGAAGUGUCAUACUAAAUCCAUCUAAGACUGAUCAUGAAUUUUAUCACAUAAUCUCAUUAAAGUGGAAGUAGAUUAGAGCAAGGGCUUUUGUUUUGGUGAUGGGUUUUUUCUACAAUGCUCAGCCUAGAGAAGCCUAACUGCAGCUGAGUAACUUGAACAACUUCAGCUGUGUUAGGAGAUCUCUGGGUUGGGUGUGGCAUUAAGUUGGGUUAACAAGCACAGUAGGAAAAUGGGUAACCAGCAGUCUGGUGGGAACAAGUGAACACAAUGUUGUUAAUAGUGCAGAGGAAGAGUAGGCCUUUAGCUAUCAUUCAGUUUCUUGUCUGCUAAAGAAUAAGGUUUGAACUACUUGCACAAAAUCUGGGAGAUUUAUCAAGAUUUUCAGGAUCCCUCUUCAAGGUAAGUUUGGAGGGGGUGGUGGUUUUUUGUUUAAUUGCUGCUAAACUUCAUUCUGUCUUUGAAAAGGCAUUUUCAGAGAGGCUACUCUCUAAGUUGACACUUUGUUGCCCUGUGAGCAUACUCCUUCCCACAUGCUCCUCCUUAAUGCUGUGCUGCUUCUCUGUCCUGUAGCCAGUGUGAAAAAACACGAUGUCACCAGUUGUUUCAUCAGGUGUACUGAGUGUGUUGCAGUGAUGUUGGUACAAAGAGGACUGGAAUGGGAAAGGCUGAAAUAGCAGCACCUCCUCGAUGUGUCAAGUACAGCCUCUAAAGUGCUGUGAAUGCCCUGCAGUGAGCUUGGCUUGCUGAGUUAGAAGCUACAGUUAGAAUUAAAGAGAGCCUCAAACAAGGAUGAAGUCAGACAGAUUAUGUAGCAAAAUCCAUGUCAGCCCACUGUGUUGAAGAGUUAAUUACGUAGGAGAGAAUUGUGUGAAAGUAGGAAAAGUAUAACCUCAUUUGUUACUGAAUUUUUUCAAGGAAAGUUCUUACGUGAAGGUGAAAGUGUUGUUGAGAAAAAAAAAAAAAAA